AUGCAGACACUGGACCCGCCGCAGCUGGGGACCGGAUGCCCCGUCCGGCCGCAGGGGCCUCGGCGCUGCAGGCCGUUCGCGCCCCGCGUGCCGCCUCCGCCUCCGCCUCCGCCUCCGCCUCCGCCUGCACUGCCGCAGCGAGCCUGCGGUCGCGUGCGGGGGCGGAACUCGACCCUGUUCCCCCUGCUGCUUGCUGCGUUGCCGACCCCCGCUGGCCCGGGAUCCGCGCCCACGACGACGGAGCCGUCGCCGUGCUCGACAGCAGCGACCACGUCUGCAGCCCAGUCGUUUGAGGAAGGCAAGCAUCAGCAAAUCGAUUCGAGCUCGGACACGGAGAUGCAGGAGUUGCCUACUGUUUGUCGCUAUCCACAGGACGCGGACACGCGUUCCCGCAAGCAGAAGUCGCCCAAGCGACGAAAGAAGAGGAGCCUGUCUGCAGGAUAUGUUUCUAGAAAUGGUGACACGUUCGAGGACGAUGACGAAAAUCCAUCUGCGGCCAGGGAUGUGGACCUCACACCAACGGUUCCUGGUUCGCUGCUGGCAACGUCCGCCCAAGGACAAAGACCAGUUGACGGUGCUCAGCUCACCGACGAACCCCUCGCGACAUCGGAAGAACGUCAUGCGUCGCCUAACGUGCUUGGUGAUUGGGCGUCCGAGAUGGAGAUGGAAAGAAUGAUAUCAGGCUCGAUCGACAACCAGAUGCCCGCUGCCGGCGGAUCGUCGGACGGACGUCUUGUCUCAGAUGAUCAAUAA